AUGGGCCACUCAGAGCCUGCUGCUGUGUGGCCUGGGAGAGAGGAGUUCGUCUGGGUUAGCAGGAGAGGAAUGGUGCGAAAUGGUGAAGCACAACAACGUGAUCCCCUCAAGAAGCACUGGCAGAACUAUGUCAAGACAUGGUUCAACCAGCCCGCCCGCAAGCAGAGGCGCCGCAUCGGUGAGCUCGUCAAAAGAACUGCUGGCCCUCUUCGCCCCAUCGUGCAAUGCCAGACUCUCAAGUACAACAUGAAGUCAAGGGCUGGGAGAGGCUUUACCCUUGAGGAGCUGAAGGCUGCGGGCAUCCCGAAGAAGCUUGCUCCAACCAUUGGCAUUUCUGUGGAUCACCGUCACAAGAACAAAUCACUUGAGGGACUGCAGGCUAAUGUCCAGAGGCUUAAGACGUACAAGGCCAAGCUGGUUAUCUUCCCAAGGCGUGCUCGCAAGGUCAAGGCUGGUGACUCAACUCCGGAGGAACUUGCCACUGCCACCCAGGUCCAGGGUGGCUACAUGCCUAUUACUCGUGGUGAGAAGCUCUCAGUUGAGGUUGUGAAGGUUACCGAUGAGAUGAAGUCAUUCGCAUCCUAUUGCAAGCUCCGCCUUGAGCGGAUGAACAAGAAGCACCUUGGUGCCCGCCAGAAGAGGGCUGCUGAGGAAGAGAAGGAAGAGAAGAAGUGAAGUGA